AAUUCAUCCUUUUUAUUUCAACUUUAGUUUUUUUUUUUUAAUGAGGAAGUUGGAUACAAAUUGAAAACCUCUAUUGAAGCGGAAGUCACACUUACUCAAGCGGAAACCAUAAGGCAAAAACCCUAGUUGCAAUCCAUGAAGUCACAAUUCUAUUUGAAAGCGCCAAUUCAGAAGCUCAUAUCACCGAAUUGCAAUCCCAACUUCUGAUUCCGAUUGAAAAAAUGUAUACUAUGCAUAAUCUGGUUGAGCAUUCCACGUGUUUGUGAAAAGGCCUCAGAAAGAGUAAAACUUUUUGAAAUUGGAGAUUUUUGAUCCGUUUGAUUCCGUUUUGGGUAUAGAUGGGGUCUUUUGCUGAGGGAGCUGCGCCGGAAGCUGAAUGUGUUUCAUUUAUGAAGCUCGCUGUGGAACAGGCAAAGCUAGCAUUGGACAGCCUUGAAGUGCCUGUGGGUUGCAUAAUCGUAGAGGAUCAGAAUGUCAUUUCCGUGGGGAGAAAUUGGACAACUGAGACUAGAAAUGCUACUCGUCAUGCUGAGAUGGAAGCAAUUGAUGUUCUUCUUGAUCAGUGGAAGAAAAAGGGAAUUUCAAAGGAAGAAAUCAUGUCAAGAUUUUCGAAGUGCACACUGUAUGUGACAUGUGAGCCAUGCAUAAUGUGCGCAGCAGCCUUGUCGAUAAUUGGAUUGAAGGAAGUAUAUUAUGGCUGUGCAAAUGAUAAGUUUGGAGGUUGUGGUUCGAUAUUGUCCUUGCAUACAAGUAAUUCUGGAAAACUUCCUAGUGGUGGAAUAUCACAAAGGAAGGGAUUCAAGUGCACUGGAGGAAUAAUGGCAGCAGAAGCCGUCGAUCUUCUAAAAAGCUUCUAUGAGCAAGGAAAUCCAAACGCACCAAAACCGCACAGAACAGUCGUCCCGCGGGUGUAGUUCCAUUCCUUAUCAAGUUCGGUUUGAUUGCCAUGUAAACUGGUACGUCCCUCUCAUUAUAUGUCGCAAUUUGAGAUGGGAAUCUGGGUAUUUGAAUGGUGUUUCAGACAUUGUUCCUGCUAUCUCUAGUCGGCUAAUUGAGCACAAGUCGGAGAAUCUCGAUGCCUUCUUCUAAUUGCUCAGCCUGCUGUGCAGAUUCUACAAUGCUGAUGGAGCAAGCUGACUUAGAGCAUUAAUGCUUGCCAACCACAUUUAAUUUUGGUGAUUUUGCAGCAUUUAGUUUAAGGAUUUGAAUUGGGAAUCAAUUUUAUCAGACUCCAUCAGUGCUGUGCUGGUUCUGACUCAAGUUUUGUUCUACAAAUUGUAAAUGCUUCUUGUAUGGAUCUCCAAUCAACAACUUCCAUUGUAACACCUAUAAUCUUUAAUUCUUUUUUGCCAUUAUAUUUA